GCCUCCCGCUCAGCUCACUAAAAGGGCGGUCCUGAGCUGCUGAGCCCUGUCUGCUUAGUCCAGGGCUCCAGCACCAUGCCCAUGAUACUGGGUUACUGGAACUUACGCGGGAUAGCUCAUCCGGUCCGCCUGAUCUUGGAAUACACAAACUCCAGCUAUGAAGAGAAGCAAUACUCCAUGGGAGACGCUCCUGAGUGUGACAGAAGCCAGUGGCUGAAGGAGAAGUUCAAGCUGGGCCUGGACUUUCCCAAUCUGCCCUACUUAAUCGAUGGGCCUCACAAGAUCACCCAGAGCAACGCCAUCCUGCGCUACAUUGCCCGCAAACACAACCUGUGUGGGCAGACAGAAGAGGAGAGGAUUCGUGUGGACAUUUUGGAGAACCAGUGUAUGGACACCCGCAUGCAGCUCAUCAUCCUCUGCCACAGCCCUGAUUUUGAGAAAAAGAAGCCCGAGUUCUUGGAGGGCCUCCCUGAAAAGAUGAAGCUCUUCUCACAGUUCCUGGGGAAGCAGCCUUGGUUUGUAGGGAGCAAGAUCACCUUUGUGGACUUCCUCGUUUAUGAUGUCCUUGACGUGCACCGUAUGUUUGACCCCAAGUGCCUGGAAGCAUUUCCUAACUUGAAAGACUUCAUGUCCCGCUUUGAGGGCCUGGAGAAGAUCACUACUUACAUGAAGUCCAGCCGCUUCCUUCCAAAACCUUUGUUUUCAAAGAUGGCAGUGUGGGGCAACAAGUAGGACCCUGCAAUUCCAGGAUGGAAGGAUAUGCCAUGCCUCUUUGUCCCUACCCUGGGGCAUAGCUGGCCUCCUGCAUCCAUGCAUCAGUUUUCUCUUCCCUCUAUCCUUUCUACUCUUUUCUCCUCUGCAAGGCCUUUUCAGCUCCCUUUCUUCUGCCACCCCCCCAAUUCAUGCCUUUUAUGUUUCACCUCCCCACUUUACUUUAUGGAAGUUCCCUUCUCCCCUUCUUUGUGCCUGACCUGAAACUGAUCAGACAGUCCUUCAUUCUGAUUUGAGGAGGCUGUCUGACACCAUGUUCUACCUGUCUGGUUUGGAACCUGGUGUCCCCAUUGUGUUGGGUUCCCUGGCUCUGUUUAAUCUUCAAUAAAACCUAAAAAAAUAA